AUGUCAAAACUCCCCUCCCACCUGCCGAGGCCAACAAGCCUCCUCGCCCUCCGCCCGACCCUCACAUCAACGCCUCUCGCCUCGCCGGCACCAUACAACUCCACAACGCCCACCACUCUUACGACAACGCAGGUCCGCGCAGCAACCUUCGUCCCCCGCGUCCGCCGCCCCUACACCUUCACCCAGCUCAUCCAGCUCUCCGACGGCUCGACCUACACCCUGCGCUCCACCUCGCCCACCCCGCUCGUCCGCUCCGCAAAGGACUCCCGCAACCACGCCCUGUGGCAGCCCACCGACAAGUCCCUCCAGAACGUCGAGGUCGACGAGGCCGGAAAGCUCGCCGCCUUCCGUCAGCGUUUCGGCCGCGCCUUCGAUCUCGCCGAGGGCCCCAAGGACGCCGAGGGCGGUGACGCCGCAAAGGCCGGUAGCGGAAAGGAUGCCGCUGCGGCAAAGGACAAGGACGCCGCCGCCGCCGCCGCUGAGGACGACGCCUACGACCUGGGUGAUUUGAUCGGCGACUAUGGCGCUUCCAUCGACCAAAACAAAUUGAAGUCAGCCAAGACCUUUGGAAAGGUCAAGGGUGCAUCAUAG